AUGAAUCAAGGUGGUAAUGUUGCUCAACGUCCUAAAUCUAAAGACCCUGGGUGGAAGUACAACAAUUGGGAUAUGCUAAUGACAAGAAUGCUGUUCGUUGCAACUUUUGCUGGUGGGAAUUUUGGAAAAGGGGUGAUUGAUCUUGGAGGACUAGAAGUAUAUGAAGCUCAAUAUUUCAAGAAAAUUUGGGAUACAAAAAUUGGUGGACCAAAUGGUCUUGGUGCAUCAUUUUAUGAACCAACAUCCUUCCCAUUAGGAUUCAAAUUGCUUGGCCAUUUUUGCAAACCUAACACUAUGACCAUGUUUGUAUCAGUCCUUGCGGCCAAAGACACCACGGGUGACCUGGUCGAUGGCGCCUUAAUAAGACCCGUCGACUUUAGGCUUAUAUGGACCAGUAAAGGUUUGGAUAUCACACAAUUAGAAGAUGGCUACAUUUGGCUCCCAAUACCACCCAUUGGUUAUAGGACCCUUGGUCACAUCGUCACGACUUCCCCACAAAAACCCUCAGUCGACAUCGUUAGAUGUGUUAGAAAAGACUUCACGGAUUCAACUGAAGAGGAACAUUGGUUAUGGGGGUUAAAGGUAUCGAAUGAUUCAAGUAAUUAUGUCGAUAUAUAUACUACAAAACCAGUAAAUAGAGAACUAAGUGUUCGGGCAGGGACAUUUUUGGCACGAGGUAAUGGCUUUAGUACGCACGGGUUAGCAUGUUUAAAGAUGGUCAGGACAGAUCCUUAUUAUGCUAUGCCUAAUUCUGAACAGAUUAGAGCUAUGAUCCAUACUUAUGCUCCAUGGGUGUACUUUCAUCCUGACGAAGAGUUUUUCCCUUCGUCAGUGUCGUGGUUUUUUCUAAAUGGUGUUGAGUUACACCAAAUGGGCCAAGGUAUUUGGCCUAUUAUGGAAAAUGGUGAUAACCUUCCAACCAAUGGUUCAAUUAAUGAUGCCUUUCUUGACCUCCCAUCUGAUGAAUCUAAAAAAAAUGAAGUUAAAAAAGGGUAUUUGGCAAGUGCAAUGGCUUACAUACACGUGAAGCCAGCAUUUGGGGGAACUUUUACGGAUCUAGCCAUAUGGAUAUUUUACCCUUUUAACGGCGGAGGUAAGUUUCAACUUGGACCUUUUACCAUCAACUUAGGGAAGAUAGGGGAACAUGUCGGCGAUUGGGAACAUAUAACGUUAAGAAUCGAUAACUUUCGUGGGAUUUUAAAAGAGAUUUAUCUAUCUCAACACUCAAAAGGAAAAUGGGUAAGUGCUAUAGAAUUUGAGUUCAUAAAUGGAACUAGGCCAAUAGUGUAUGCAUCUUUACAUGGUCAUACACACUACAAUACUCCAAGUUAUCAUCUCCAUUCGGUUGUCAAAAUUGACUCCACGGACGUACAAAUGUUAUAUGAUGAAUACUUCAAGUUGAAUAAGGAUUCAAGCAAAAUACCAAUUGUGAAUGGAGAAAAGUUUGCAGGGUUUGGAGCAAGGGAUGAUACUGCAAAAAGCGACAAUGUGAUGGAUGUUGCAUCGAGUUAUAACGUUGUUUGUGUGGAUUACAAGGCUUUUGAAUUGAAACCAUGGUUGAAAUAUACAGGAAGAUGGGGUCCUAAGAUUACUUAUGGAUUUGCAAAGUUUAUAAAGAAGGAAAUAAACAACCUGCCAGACAAAGUGAAAGCACUUGCUAUUAAACUUUUGAAUAAGCUUCCUGCUGAGUUACUUGGACAAGAAGGGCCUCAAGGUCCAAAGAUGAGAGACAAUUGGCUUGGGGAUGAAAGGGUUUGA